GAUCUGGUUCUGUAUUGAAAUCUUAGAUCUGAUUUUUAUAGAUAGUUUAGUUUGGUUAAGAAUAAAAAUCGGUUAGUUUUUAAUAUUUUCAAAACAUUAAUAUAAUCGUAUUCAAUUAAAAUAAUAUAUAACAAUUGCAUCAUAAAUUUCAAAAAAAUUCUGGUACAUUCACUUGUAGAAUAAAUUUUAAUCUAAACUUAUAUAUAUUUUCUAUAUAAAAGGGAAAUUUGACUUUUUAUGCUUAAAAGUGUAGUGUAAUACAAAAUAAUGCUAGGAAUUUUUAACAUUACAAAAUAAUGCCAAAAUUUUUGCUAGUACCCAAAAUACCCCUGUCACAAUUCCCCCCAAUCCCAGUUUUGAUUCUCCCUCUCUCUCUCAAACUCUCGGUCACAAACUCCCAACCCCCCGACCAUUGAACUACCCAGAUCUCCCCGUCGGUUUCUCAAGCUUUCUCAAGCUUUCUCUCUCUCUCAAGCUUUCUCUCUCAAACUCUCGGUUCGAGUCCCCGUCGCGGCCCCCGUCGAAGUCGCGUUGCCCCCCGUCGAAGCCGCGCUGCCCCCCGUCGAGCCCCCGUCGAAACCCCGCGCCUCCGUCUUGCCUCUCGCCGUCUGUCAUCCAAAACCCACGGUUCAAGUUUCUCCAUACCCAAAACAAAGAUGCCGAAGUAUCUUUUACCCUUGACAGAUCACUUUCCUGGACGAGUCACAUAUAGGGGCAAUGGUUACUUUAAAACAAUCAAGGACAAGUUUGAGGAGCUCGGGUUGAUAGAAAGGGUGAAGGAAUCCCCAUUCAAACAAUUUUUCAUGGCUGAGAAAUUGGACUUCUCUGCAUCUCUCAUGCAUCAAUUAAUGUUGCGCAAGAUCCAGUGCUUCAAAGAGGAUGAGUUGCAUUUACAUUUGGGAUCUAGACCCUGCAGAUUUGGUAGAGGCGAGUUUGCUUUGGUUACGGGGUUGAACUUUAGUUCCGGGCCAUCUGAGACUGAUUUGAAGAAACACUUGACUAGUGACCGCUUAAUCAAGGAGUACUUUAAUGAUGAAGAAACAGUGAAGUUAAUGCAUUUGGAGGCUGCUUUAAAAAACUGCACUGUAGUUGAAGAUGCCUACAAGUUGGGCCUAUGUUUCUUUGUUGAGGGGGUUUUACUUGCACGAGAGGGCAAGUUAAAUGUCUGGAUAGAUUCGCUGAAGAUGGUGGAGGACACUGAGUACUUCUUUACUUACCCAUGGGGGAAGGUGUCUUUUAACAAGCUUAUGGAUUCAUGUAAGAAAGACAUGCAUCAUCAGAAAAGGAACUAUGAGAAGAAAAAGGAAGUUAAGGGGAAACAGAAAGAAGCAAAAUACAGUUUGUAUGGUUAUGUCCCUGCAUUGCAGUAUUGGGCAUAUGAAGCCAUCCAGCAGUUUGCACGUGAGUAUGGUAUUAACCAUGGAAACCAGUUUCCGAGGAUGCUUAGUUGGUCGAGCAAUAAGGAGCGUCCUAUUUCGAAGGCCGACCUUGCACCGGUGUUCAAGAAGACGAGUGCAAGUUCUGCUAUAUUAUGUCAAAAUAGAGUAUUCUUUGGUGGUUUCAAACUGACUUAAUGCUUUGUAUUUGAUGCAGUUGAUUGUGUUGUCCAUGUUGAAGCCCCGACCUUCGGAGAUAGAUUAUUAUAGCGCUCUGACGGAGGGUGAUGCUCCCUUGUAUCCCGGGUUGGGCCAAGAAGAAGAGGUAGAGACUCCCACUGAUUUUGAGAAGGUGGCGGAGAUAGCUGCUGAGGUUGCGAAGGCAGCAAAUAUUUUUGUUGAUGGCCCUGAUGAUGAGGAUACCCCAGUCCCCAUCGACCCCACACCCUCGGCCCCAGCCCCAUCGGUACACCCCAGUCCUGAUCAACCUGAUUUACGGGAGGUGUUGGAGAGGUUGGAGCGAGUCGAGAGUCGUCAGGAUACCAUCCUAGAGAACCAGGCGGUCAUCAUGGAUGCUGUCAAUAAGAUCUUGACAUUCGUACAAGAUCUUCCAAAUGAUUCUGAUUCUGAUUCCGACUCACUUGACCUCCCAGAUGAUUUUGUCUCACAUGACAUAGGCACUCCUCCCCCGAUAGUACUCACAGCAAAUCCUGAGACCCCAGGUGUUGCUAUUAUAGAACCUGGGGAUGUUGCUGGUGUAGAGUUUCAAUUGGCCAAGAGGAAAAGACGCAAACCUAAGAAAUUUGAAGACUACACCGACCCAACCAGAAAGAAAGCUCGUUUGGAUGCGAUUGAUGACGUGCCAUUAGUCCUAGACCCUCUAAAGAAGCCACUUGCUACACAGUACAGAACGGUCGGCAAGUGGUUGCUUGGAGAUAUUCCGAACAAGACGAAGAGGGAUGUCCAAUCUGGUGUGUAUGGUUCGAGUUGGUUUCUGACGAUGAAGACACCACAGUUUUGGAUCGAUGAUGGGCAUAUUGAUGCGGCCAUGCAUAUGCUACGUAGGCGUCGACAGUUCUAUCCCGGGGCGUAUCGGCAAGAUGGUGUUGUGAUGAAUAUUAUGUUCUCAUAAGUGGUACCGGCCCGUUAUGAUGCAUAUCAGAAUGCCAAGGAAGCGGAUAAGAAAAGGUUUUUGUGGGAUUCAGAUGUGAUAUCAAUGAUUACGGGAAUUGACAAUCAAUUUCUGGCAUCGUGGAAGGGAGUAGACACUGUAUAUUGGUGCCAGAACUACCUUCAAGCGCAUUGGUUUGCAGUUGAAGCCUCCAUUUCUACUUGGACUCUGAAUGUUUAUGAUUCGGACGUGACCGUGAUAAGUGAUAAACAACUGCAAUCUUUUAUGAAGUCAUGGUCUACUUUGUUCCCAUCGUUGUUAUUACAGUCACAACUUUUCAAGGACGACCCUCGGUUGACGAUUCCACCUGGAGCUAAAAGAUGCAAAGAGUUCAAUGUGCACCGCAUGCCAGUUGAUUCAGUACCCCAAACCAAAGUCAGUGGAGAUUGUGGUGUGUACGCCAUCAAGCACAUCGAACA